CGCCUGUCCUCGAGCAUCCCCCCCAAUAAAUACCCGGGCGGCAGCGGGAAGCCCCCAUUUUCUUCUUCGUAUCUUUCUCCCUCGUUUGAAAGACCAGUCUACCUCGCAAGCCCGUCUUCGCUUCCUUCUUCCACCACCAUGAGAGAGUGUAUUUCCAUCCACGUUGGUCAGGCCGGUGUCCAGAUCGGUAACGCCUGCUGGGAGCUCUACUGUCUUGAGCACGGCAUCCAGCCCGACGGUCAGAUGCCCUCUGACAAGACCAUCGGCGGCGGUGAUGACUCGUUCAACACCUUCUUCUCCGAGACCGGUGCCGGCAAGCACGUCCCCCGUACCGUCUUUGUCGAUCUCGAGCCCACCGUCGUCGAUGAGGUCCGCACCGGCACCUACCGCCAGCUCUUCCACCCCGAGCAGCUGAUCACCGGCAAGGAGGACGCCGCCAACAACUACGCCCGUGGCCACUACACCAUCGGCAAGGAGAUUGUCGAUCUCGUCCUUGACCGCAUCCGCAAGCUCGCCGACAACUGCACUGGUCUCCAGGGCUUCCUCGUCUUCCACUCGUUCGGUGGUGGAACGGGCUCUGGUUUCGGUGCGCUCCUCCUUGAGCGUCUCUCUGUCGACUAUGGCAAGAAGUCCAAGCUCGAGUUCUCGGUCUACCCCGCCCCUCAGGUCUCCACUGCCGUCGUCGAGCCCUACAACUCGAUCCUCACCACCCACACCACCCUUGAGCACUCUGACUGUGCCUUCAUGGUUGACAACGAGGCCAUCUACGAUAUCUGCCGCCGCAACCUCGACAUUGAGCGCCCCACCUACACCAACCUGAACCGUCUCAUUGCUCAGGUCGUCUCCUCCAUCACCGCCUCCCUUCGUUUCGACGGAUCUCUUAACGUUGAUCUGACUGAGUUCCAGACCAACCUCGUCCCCUACCCCCGUAUCCACUUCCCCCUCGUUACCUACGCUCCCGUCAUCUCUGCCGAGAAGGCCUACCACGAGCAGCUCACCGUCGCCGAGAUCACCUACUCGUGCUUCGAGCCCGCCAACCAGAUGGUCAAGUGCGACCCCCGCCACGGCAAGUACAUGGCCUGCUGUCUCCUGUACCGUGGUGACGUUGUCCCCAAGGACGUCAACGCCGCCAUCGCCACCAUCAAGACCAAGCGCACCAUCCAGUUCGUCGACUGGUGCCCCACUGGCUUCAAGGUCGGCAUCAACUACCAGCCCCCCACCGUCGUCCCUGGUGGCGAUCUCGCCAAGGUCCAGCGUGCCGUCUGCAUGCUUUCCAACACCACUGCCAUUGCUGAGGCCUGGGCUCGCCUUGACCAUAAGUUCGAUCUUAUGUAUGCCAAGCGUGCCUUCGUCCACUGGUACGUCGGUGAGGGUAUGGAAGAAGGUGAAUUCUCCGAGGCCCGUGAGGACUUGGCUGCCCUCGAGAAGGACUACGAGGAAGUCGGUACCGACUCUGUUGAGGGCGAGGAGGAGGAAGCCGAGGAGUACUAAGUGCUCUCCCCCUCAUAAACUUGCUGUUCCGAGCGCUCUGCGCCACGCUGCCCUCUGUCCUGAGAUUGCCGCUGUGGCCUGGCUGUCGUCUCGUCCAAAUAUAACCGUUUGCGCAAUGAAGCGGGC